AUGAAAGUUAUUGUUAUAUUCACUCUAAUUGUUGUAAGUCAAGCAUCAGUUCUAUUAAAUGUUCCUGCUUAUAUAAAUACAGGGAAAAGUGUCCAGUACAGAAAUCAAGAUAGUAUCGGCAAUUAUAACUUCGGCUACGAUGAAGGACAUGCAUCUGGAGGAAGUUUCCGCAAAGAAUCCGGAGAUGCUCUCGGAAACAAAAUUGGCUCGUAUGGUCUCCGUGAUGCUGAUGGUCGUAUUCGAAUCGUCAACUAUAUUGCUGAUGCUGACGGAUUUCGAGUAGACAUUAAAACUAACGAACCUGGAGUUGAACCCACUAAUCCAGCUUCCACUACUAUAAACAAAGAUUUCACGAUACUUACUGAUACGCCAGCUGUUGCAGUUACCUACGUAGUACCUCCUAUAGUUCAAUUUGAUCCUCGUAAACAAUCUUUUGUGCUGCAGGGAUAUCCACUCUGA